ACUGACACAGGCGAAAUCUGAGCAGGCGUUGUAUGGAACAGUGCAGCAACUAGUGGCAGUGGCAUUGGAGUGGUCGAGGUCGAGAUGAGCGGCAGUGGCAUGGGAGUGGUCCUCGCUGCGCUCGCCGCGGCGUUGGUCCCGUUGCUGUGGGCGGCGCUGGUGCGCCAGGUGUGGCGGCCGUACGCCGUGGCGCGGGCGUUCGCGCGGCAGGGCGUCCGAGGGCCGCCGUACCGCUUCUACGUGGGCAACAACCGGGAAGCGAGGGCCAUGAUGGCGGCGGCGGCGGCGAGCGGCGAGGCGCUGGAGUGGAGCUCCAACGACAUCGUGCACCGCGUGAUGCCGCACGUGCGGGCGUGGGCGUCGCUCUACGGCAAGGUGUUCGUGUCGUGGACCGGCUCGACGCCGAGGCUGUGGGUGGGCGACCUCGACAUGGCGAAGCGGAUCCUCUCCGACAAGGCCGGGCUGUACGUGAACCCGAGCCUGGGCGCGGCCCUCAUGGCGCUCCUGGGCCAGGGCCUGGUCUUCACCGAGGGCGACGACUGGGCGCGCCACCGCCGCGUCGUGCACCCGGCGUUCGCCAUGGACAGGCUCAAGUCGAUGACGGGGGCGAUGGCGGCUUGCGCGGCGGAGGUGGUCCGGGACUGGGAGGCGCGCGCCGGCGCCGCAGCAUCGGCGAGCGGGGAGGUGACGGUGGAGGUGGGGCAACGCUUCACGGAGCUCACCGCCGACGUCAUCUCGCACACCGCGUUCGGCAGCAGCUACCGGCAGGGGAAAGAGGUGUUCCUGGCGCAGCGGGAGCUCCAGCUCAUGGUCUUCGCCUCCAUGAACAACGUCGUCGUGCGCGUCCCGGGCAUGGAUCACGUGCCGACCAAGGCCAACCUGCGCCGGUGGCAGCUCGAGCGCACCGUGCGGGGCACGCUCAUGGCCAUCAUCGACGAGCGCCUGGCCUCGGCUAAGGAAUCCAAGGGCUACGGCAACGACCUGCUCGGACUCAUGUUGGAGGCCAACGCCGCCGGAGACGACGGCAAGACGCAGGAGGCCAUGAGCAUGGACGAGAUCAUCGACGAGUGCAAGACCUUCUUCUUCGCCGGCCACGACACGACCGCGCACCUCCUCACCUGGGCCAUGUUUCUCCUCGGCACCCACCACGAGUGGCAGCAAAGGCUCAGGGAGGAGGUGCUCCGCGAGUGCGGCGGCGCCGAGGUGCCCCUCGACGGCGACGCCCUCAACAAGCUCAAGCUUGUGACGAUGGUGCUGUACGAGACGCUCCGGCUGUACGGACCGGUGAACAUUAUCAACAGGCAGGCGACGGCGGACGUGGACCUCUGUGGCAUAAAGGUGCCCAAGGGCACGCACCUGGCGAUCCCGUUCCCGAUGCUCCACCGCGACGAGGAGGUGUGGGGCUCGGACGCCGGCGAGUUCGAUCCGCUCCGGUUUCGGGACGGCGUGGGUAGGGCGGCGGCGCACCCGAACGCGCUGCUGGCCUUCUCCCUGGGCCAACGGUCCUGCAUCGGGAAGGACUUCGCGAUGCUGGAGGCCAAGGUGACGCUGGCGCUCAUCCUGCGGCGGUUCGCCUUCGAGGUGGCGCCGGAGUACGUGCACGCGCCGGCCGCCUUCCUGACUGUGCAGCCGUCGAAAGGGCUCCCCGUCGUGCUCAGGCUCUUGGAUCCGCACACUUUGGCCAGUUGAGGCAUUUGAGAUUCCGUAGGCAAGAAACAUGUUGCAGUCCUGUUGUCUGUUGACCUCCAUCUUCAGUUUGAUGAUGAUAGUAGUUGGUUGUGAUUCCUCAUGCCAGUGUCAGUGUUACCUUCUCUCUCUUUUAUAAAGUCCAUUAUCGAUC